AGCAGCAGCAGCAUCAGCAGAGGAAGUGAAACAGCACCGUAAACAUGGCUGACAGUGGAGUGACAGAUGAGCCUGUCAGUAAAGAGGAAAUUGAACGAGCAAAGAGUGAAGGCAAAGAGCUGACUAAAGAGGAGAAGCAACGGCUGAGGAAAGAGAAGAAACAUCACAAGAAAAAUAAGGAGAAAAAGGAUGACAAGGCUUCACAGGAGAGUGAGAAAGAAAAAAAGCCUGUCAGCACAGACGCUCCAGUAUCACAGCCUCCAUCACAACCCACAACACAGAAAGCUCCUUCACCAGUGCCUACCCCUGCACCAGUUCCUGUGCCUGCCUCAGAAGCCGCCGUAGCUGCAGACAAGCCUGCUAAAAGUAAAGCAGAGCUAAAAGCAGAGAGGCGAGCGCGGCAAGAGGCUGAGAGAUCGUCCAAACAGGGCAAGAAGGGAGAUGUGGGUCAGCCGGCUCCCACAAGCAAACCCAAAGCACCACCCAGUGAGCUGCAGCCAGUGGUCAAGAGGCUUCCAGAACAUAUCCAAGCAGACAACCCAGAUGUUUUAAGGAAACUAGCCAAGAAGUUGGAGAGACAACAGAUCCCACUUCGGUCAGACUACGGCUACAAAGUCAGUUUGUUUUCUCACCUUCACCAGUACAGUCGCAAAGCUCCUCUAACACAGCUACUCAGCAUUCCUUCCACAGUGAUUCAUCCUGCUAUUGUACGACUGGGCCUCCAGUAUUCACAGGGCAUUGUGGCAGGAUCCAAUGCUCGCUCUGUAGCACUGCUGCAUGCCUUUAAACAGGUAAUAAUGGACUAUACUACGCCUCCAAAGGAGGAGCUUUCAAGAGACUUGGUGAACAAGCUGAAGCCUUAUAUCAGUUUUUUAAAUCAGUGUCGCCCCCUGUCAGCCAGCAUGGGUAACGCAAUCAAAUACAUCAAGAAGGAGAUCUCUUAUAUUUCUAGUCAAGACAAAGAAAAAGAGGCAAAAACCAAACUGCUGAACUGCAUCGAGAGCUACAUUAGUGAUAAGAUUAUUAUUGCUGCUAUAGCUAUUGCCAAGUAUUCCAUAGAGAAGAUCAGCGAAGGAGACGUCAUCCUAGUUUAUGGAUGCUCAUCACUGGUCAACCACAUACUGUGCGAGGCCUUCGAGAAGGGCAUUAAGUUCCACGUGAUUGUGGUGGACAGCAGGCCUCGGCUGGAGGGCAGGGAGGCUCUGCGGCGUCUGGUCAAGAAAGGCAUCAGCUGCACUUAUGUCCUUAUCUCAGCUGUCUCCUACAUCCUUCCAGAGGUGUCAAAGGUGUUCCUUGGUGCUCACGCUCUGCUGGCCAACGGUUACGUCAUGUCCCGCGUGGGGACGUCACAGAUCGCUCUGGUGGCCAAAGCCUUUAACGUGCCUGUGCUGGUGUGUUGCGAGACCUACAAGUUUUGCGAGAGAGUGCAGACGGAUUCCUUCGUGUCCAAUGAACUCGAUGACCCUGAUGAUCUCAUUGUGACCCGGAAAGGAAAGACUCAGCUGGAGGACUGGCAGCAGGUGAAGUCCCUCGGCCUGCUCAACCUGGUGUACGACGUGACGCCGCCUGAUUUUGUGGACCUGGUCAUCACAGAACUGGGAAUGAUCCCAUGCACCUCUGUCCCUGUGGUGCUGCGAGUCAAAAAUGUGGACCAGUAAUCGGAAAAAAAAACCUCCAUCUCUCCUGAACCAAGAGACUGUGGAGUUGUGUGCAUGAGUGAUUGCACACAACACACAAUAUCGUGCUUUUAGCAUGCAAUAAAUAUAUAUCUGUAAUGGCA